AUGUCGUCAUGGAUCAAAUCUCAUCAGUACGCGCGUGUUGACCAAGCCAUUGAUGAUGGCGAGAGUGUCCAACACAGAGAAUCGCGGCUGAGGGAGUACUGGCAGAAGGUCAGAGUCCACCUUUUUUACGCGAUACUCCUCGUCUUAGUGGCGGGGCUCAGCAGACAUACCGCGCCUAGCAAAGCUACGCCAGAUUAUUACGGCGUUGAGCCCGUUAAGUCUGAGAUGCGAUUAUCAACCAUAAGCAGAACUUUUGAGUUAGAUCUCAAUUAUGCCAUGCCACCAUCCGCACAAGUCGAUGAAGCUUGGGCCUCGCUUCUUCCUAAGCAGGGUGGCUUCUUUCAACACUCCAAGCUUGCGCCGCAAAAAAGCUGCAUAGCGGUGUUCCACCAACUUCACUGUCUCGACAUGAUCCGCCAAGCACUAUAUGAGGCGCGGCCUGACAUCAUGGAGCAAGUCAACAAUGGGUCGCAUCCUGCAGACCACAAGGCAGACCAUAAGGAAGGCCACGACGCUUCUCCCGAUCACAAUCAUGUCAAAGAUAUGUAUCACAUAGGACACUGUUUGGAUCUUGUUGGCGACCCUGCGGUGGGCGGUGUAACGGGGUUUGGUACUGAGCAUCAGUGCGUAAACUGGCAGGAAUUGAUGCACUGGAUGAAGGAUCACGAAUGA